AUGCCCAAAACACCCCGUCCUAAGUUCCAGAAGAUAUCUCCGUUCUUUCCCAAGCCUCUGGUUGACCCCGAGUCGUGUCUCCCCUUUCCGCCCAUCGAUGCGCCGUCUUUUGGAUUAGUCCAAGAACAACUUGCCCACGACCCAUUUCGUCUGCUCAUAGCCACCAUAUUUUUGAACCGCACCCGCGGGGGCGUUGCGCUUCCGGUCCUCUUCAAGGUCUUUGAUCAAUUUCCCACCGUGGAGGCGAUGGCUUCGGCAGAGCUAUCAACCUUGGCAUCUAUGAUCCACUGUCUUGGAUUUCAGAAUCAGCGCGCAAAGAAGUGUAUUACUUUGGCUCAGACUUGGUUAACCUGCCCACCCACGAAAGGAAAGCGCUAUCGCAAACUUCACUACCCCUCCAAGCAAGAUGGACGCGACAUCAACCCGCAUGAAAGCAUCUCUGACGAAGACUCCCGUGUGGCCUGGGAGGUGGCUCAUCUUCCUGGCGUUGGUCCCUAUUCUUUGGAUAGCUGGAGGAUAUUCUGCCGUGACGAACUUCGAGAAUUGGCGUUGGACUGGAGAGGACAUGGGGCAGCGACGGACUUUGCCCCCGAAUGGAAGUCGGUGGUGCCGCAAGAUAAAGAAUUGCGAGCGUACCUGACCUGGAUGUGGCUGAAGGAGGGUUGGAUGUGGGAUCGACACACAGGGAAGAGAACCCCGGCGAGCGAAAGGGUAAUGCGAGCUGCACGCCGCGGAGGAGUGGCCCAUGAAGAGGAUGGGAAUUGGGUUCUUGAAAUGUCACCGGUGAAGAAGGCACUAAAUGACCGAGAUCGCGAUAGGGACCGGGAGAGAAAAGCUGCCUCAUCUUCGACCCUUUCAUCCAAAUCCAAACAACGCAAGAAUCGCCUGUCCCACGGACCGUCCACCCGCUCGUCAACCAAGGAACGCGACCCAGACGCUCCCACGGGUCGCUCGUCAACCCCUUCUACAACUACUUCCAAUUCCCGCAAGAAGCGUCGGUCCUCCAUGCCUGGUGUCGACAGCGCCAGCCGCUCCGGCACCGCCUCGUUCCUCGAGUCGAGGUCCAGUCUGCCGUACCCCACAUUCUCCAAAGCCCAUAGCAAAGAAUUCGUCGGCAAGCCGAGUAUUCCUACGCCAGAUCCGACCGACUUGACAGAGGGGGGGAAGGAGGGUGCCAAUGGAGAGAACGACAACAACCAAGCGCCCCCGAGUCCUCCAUUGACGAGCGUGGACCAGCAGUCACAUAAAGGAAGCACAGUCGGCGGUAAGGAAGAUAAAGCACCGGAGGAGAAAUCAGAGAAGCCAGAGAAACCGAAGACCAAGAUCCGGAUCCGAGCAGAGUCCACGCGGUCGUCGUCCAGUCUGCGGUCGAAGACGGAGGGAUCCAAGACAAGCAAACCAACACGAUCGGAUACCACGAAAUCGAAGCGACAUGAGACGGACUUGCCAUCACGGACAGCCAGCCGGAAUUCCACCAAGUCCAAGAUUGUAGAGGAAGCGGCGUCGCCUAAGCGGUCAUCCAGUCAUGCCACUCCGCCUCGCUCCCCAGCAACGGUGCGCGAUGGACCCGACUCAGCAAAUGGGUCGGAAGCCACCAUUGCUCCGCCUCAUCAGUCCACAUCUUCUCGAAAGCCGAAGAGUCCAGAAAAGCCGCCCUCGCGCACCCAGACGCGAUCGUCAAUGUCCUUUCGAUCAUCUGGGACUCGCACCCCGGCUGACGCAGCCUACGACUAUGGACGCCCCCCCACGGCAAGCUCUGCCUAUGGUGCUCCACCUCCGCCGCCGCCUCCUCCUGAAGUGCCUGUUUCGAUUCCAAAGGUGGACUAUCUUCUCCAGAAUGGUGGAUUGAAUUAUCAAGUUCCGAGAUCUCUACUUGGUAACAGCGCUUCGGAAACGCUACCUUAUCAGUCUGCUCAGCCUCAGUUCGGCGCCGGCAAGGUUUUUGAGCCGUUUAACCGACUUCUUGAGGAUUAUCACAAAGUCAUGACUAAGAAUGGCUCACUCGCGGUUGCCACCGGAUAUCGGUCGGUCGCACGACGUCUACUUGAUCGCUUAGAAGCUGUGUUUGCCCGUGAUAUCUCAUCUGAAUGUUGCCAAUGCCGAAUGUGUGAGCAUGAAGCCCUGGAAGAACGUCCCCCUGGGGUCAGCUGGGGCGAGGUUCUGGAACUCGUCUCCGGUCGUCGGGAGCUUCCGAGCUGGCCGGCUUUCAUUCUAAACCCGUCUGUGAUCGAUGCAAACUGGUCUGGCGAGGAACAUGUGCCUAUGCAAAAGCUGGACAUUGACGUGCCGGAGGAGUAUCGAGACCACUUUAUCCGACAGUCGCGCAAGACGAAGGUUGCUGUCGAUAAGUGGCUUAAUGAGCAGUCCGGUCAGGCUACGAGCGCGCCCGAGGAGGUCGAUGACGAGACCCUCACUUUUGCCAUCUUAACACACCUAGGGUCCGAAGAGCGUUCACUGUUUACCUCGCUCCUCGGCAUCAGCUCCACAUCGCCUACCCCACGGCCAGAGGGACAACCGCGGCCCCGGCCUCCGCCAUUGGUGUCGUCGUGUCUAGCCAUCCAGCGGCUCUACCGGCUGACGUCCCCUCCGCGCGAUCCUGAAGCCGCUAUCUACAUGCUGAACAACCCGGGCAUGCACCAUGUUCUCGCGACUCUUGCAGCUAUCAGUGACGACGAGUGGGAUAUCUUGAUCUCGGGUCGCUUCGACGGUUUUCUACGGAGUGGUGCGGAAGACGCUUUUCCCUCCGGCACCGGCUCUACACCUUCCCGCUGGAGCCACAGCCGAUCCAACACACCAUUCACCACUGGUGGGAUCUCUCGUGGCCCGACCCCGAAUCCGGUUGACGGAGGAUUCCGACCGGCCAGUCAGCCGUAUGGCGUGUCUCCAUCGCCUGCGCCCGCGGCAUUCGGCGGUCCGAUUGCUCUGGAUGAGGAGAUGGAGAUUGCCGCGCUGGCUGAGAUCGAGCGGGACAUUUACCUUGGUAUGGAGGCACUGGAAGACGCUUUUGAGGCCCUCCACUGUAAGGCCGAGGUGGUGCGCCGCGCGCUUCGCGAACGUGGCGCCGGGCUAUCAAUUGCGAACCAGAACCGUCGCGGUUCUUACGUCGAGGCUCGUCUGGGGACACCGGCCUCUGGGUUAGGCGUAUGGGACGACGGCGACGACGACUUUUUGGAUGAUAGCGUCUCGCUGGCGCCGGACGACUCGGCCAGCAACAUCAGCUCCAACCGACGACGUCGGCCAAAACGUCGCACCGAACGACGGACACCUGCGCCUGUUGAAGAAGAAGAUGAGGAAGAAUACGACAGUCGACGAGGUUCGCGACGGAGAUAA